ACGAACACUACACCGAGAGCCAUUUCCAUCCAUCUCAUCCUUCACAGUCACAACAUAACCCCCCCUUCGUCAGUAUAAGUCAAGAUUCGACGACAAACUACCGCGGAGGUUCCAUCCGUCGAGGUCAAGAAAGAAAAAUGACGGUCAUCAAAAUAGAGGCCGUCACGGACCUGCUAUGUCCGUGGUGCUACGUCGGCAAGAGGAACCUCGACCGCGCAAUCUCACAAUACCGCGCCGUGGACCCUACCGCCGAGUUCGAGGUCGUCUGGAAGCCGUUCUAUCUGAGCCCGGCGUUGAAGAGCACCGGCUACGACAAACGCGAAAUGUACACAACCCGCUUCUCCCUAGCAGGCGACCUGCCCGCAGUACUAUCCCGCAUAACCACCGCCUGCGCCCAAACCGGCAUCGCCCUAAACGUCACAGGCCGCACCGGCAACUCGCGCCAAUCCCACAAGCUCCUCCGCCUCGCCCUCGUCACCCGCGGCCCCGCAGCCCAAGACGCCCUCCUGGAAGCGCUCUUCCGGGGCCACUUUGAACUCGGCGCAGACAUCUCGGACCGCGCCUACCUCGUCAAGACGGCCGCCGAGGCCGCGGGGCUGGACGAGUCCGACGUCGAGGCCGCGCUCGAUAGCGAUCGCGCGGGCGAGGUUGUCGACGAGGAGGUCGUGGGCGCGAGGAAGGCCGGGGUCACGGGCGUGCCGACGUUUACGGUGCAAGGGCGGUGGAGGGUCGGCGGGAAUCAGGAGCCGGAUGUGUUUUUGAGGGUUUUUGAGCGGGUUACGGAGGGGUGUUGAGUUUCUUGGUGGGUGGCUUGUUGUUGUUGUUGUGGUCUCUUCCGUUUUCCCUCUCUAUGGGGUUCCUUGUAAGCGACGAUGAGAGGAAUAUGGAUGAUGAGAGAAAGGGAGGGGAGGGGGGUCGGUGGUAUGUCCUAUCUGUUCGUUUGGCUUCUUGUUCUAUUCUCUCAUUGAGUUUCAGCGAUAUGGCAUUGCGGUGGCAAUAACAUCAUUUCCCAUAGCACAGCGUUAAAGGAUGCAGUAAUGUUGGAUAUUUAUCAUUCUUCUGUCCUU